AUGUCUGCCUCCCAGUCUGCUUUGUCUCGUUUUCCACCUGAAGUCCUUGGAGAAUGUUUCCUAUCUUGCGUCGAUGACCGUCUUCCGACCAUAGCUUUAGACGAGGCCCCGGUGUCUUUGACCCUCGUAUGCCGCUCUUGGCAUAACAUCGCGCUGACGACUCCCCGCCUUUGGGCACGUCUUUCGAUCGAGAUAUGGAACCGCGAAGAGAAGCGCCUGGAGCGUAUAGUGUCCCAUAUGUCGAAGUUAUUAGAGCGCUUUAUGGCCGUGCCGUUGACUUGUUCACUCCGAUUCUUCGACGAUUGCUCUCGAAGCGACGAAGAAAUCGACCAGGAGAGCGUCUUGUGUCGACCAAUCAUCGAGCUCCUACUCCAACAUGCGCACCGAUGGUCAGAUGUAGUCAUUCAAAGCCCUGAUUAUGUCGAAUCUUUGACUUCACCGUUGACCAUUGAAGCGAUAUCUUUCCCGAAUUUGCGGCGCCUUUCCCUGUGGGGUAUCGACACGGAUCAAUUGACAUUGUCGCUCACGCCGGAACAAACUCCAUUACUGGAAGCGCUUGUCGUUCCCUCAUCAGCCCUUCGGUUGUGGUCUCUUAAUUGGUCACAUCUGCGAUCACUACAUAUCCUUGACCACGAAGACGAUCCUGAGUAUCUGAGCGUGGUCUUCGCGACUUUACCAAGUUGUUCUCAGCUACGCGAACUACGAAUACAAUGUCAUUGUUUUGAAACCGACGAAGCUAUCAUACCCCUACAAAAUACGGGUCGAACCGUCCUACUUCCUCAUUUGACAUACCUUUCCCUGGCCACAAACCGUGACGAUCUCAUUUGCGCUUUCACCGACAAAAUCUCUGCACCCGCUCUUAUCACACUUUUCCUUGAAGGCUUCGAUGCUCGCCAUGCCCCUCGCAGCGUCAUAUCUUUCCUCGAGCACCAUUCCAAAACCAUCGAGACCUUCGAUCUUGGACCACGCUGCAAGGCAGGCCAGACAGGUCUAGCGUCGCUGUGGAAGCGUCUUCCGAAUAUGAAACACCUGAGGCUUCAUCACGACGCGUCUACGGGUGACAUAUUGCGGUCGCUCAUUCGUCACUACCGAGACAAGGAUGUAUUCGAGUAUCAGUUCCUCGAAGAACUCUCCAUGGACGUUACACCCGACAUUCUCGAGGCGGACGUUUUUCGCACGAUAACACAGUUCCUGCAAGCAUUCAUCUAUCUGGAACAAUAUGACACCCUAGGGUUGAAGACUGUGCAUUUCCGUAUUGCAUGCGGUGAUCCAGGACGCGGAAAACAUCAGGAACAAGAUCCGCAUGUGCAGGUAGCGUCGAGGUUGACGGAGACGCUGCAACAUCUGCUGCAUAGCGGACUUCUGAAGGAUCUGGAUAUCGAGUUUGUGGAUGAGAGGCUGUGUAUGAAGGAGCAGCCGAGGGAUGGUGCGGUUUGGACGUUGGACGAUCCGGAUGCCGGAUAUUAUCUUGAACAUGAGUGA